CGCGUUCGCAUGCGUCUCCAGCGAGCGCCUCUUUCAGCCCACAAAAGCUCUGAUUCGAUUCGAUUCGAGUCGGUUUCGAUUCCGUGUUACAUCCGCCCCGGAAGGCGCCGCACUGUAGGCAACACUUUGUAGUGCCGUCGGCAAAACGGAAGUAGCGCAAAAUCAACUACCGGAUGUGCAAAGCGGAAGUGCCAGUGCAUUAAGGGCAGCAGAAGAAUUGAGGAUUACGCGUUGAGCAGAAAACUAUUGGCAACGAAUUCGAUGCACUGAGCAGCUCACAGAUCAAGAGCAGCAGCAGCAGCAGCAACGACAACUCGGAGACAGCACAGCGUUGGCACAAAUAUCUCUAAGCAUGUUGCAGAAUCCUUCCAAAUAUCACGCAAAUCCCUUGUCACACUUCCUGGCAUUGCAUAACACACAGGCAGGAGGUGCCGCUGCAGCAGCAGCAGCAGCCACUGCCGGUGCAGGAGUGGGCUUGGGUGUGGGUGUGGGAGGUGGCAUCCCUGCACAUGGUCAACCGCAUCAUGCAUUGCCCACAGCAGCUUUGGCGGCGGCUGCUGCUGCGGCGGCCGCCGUCUCGGCAGGUCAGAGUUCGUACCAAAUGGAGCAACAGCAACAGCAGCAGCAACACCAUCAUCAACAUCAUCAGCAUCAUCAUCAGCAGCACCAGCAGCACCAGCAGCACCAGCAGCAAGUGCAACAGCAACACCAACUACCCCACCCAGACAGCCACCACCCACCGACAACAGGCAACAACAGCAGCAACAGCAACAGCAACAACCACCGGGAACAGUUGGCGGCAGCCACUGCGACGUCGCACGCGCAGCUCUUCGAGGCGGCAGCGGCGCAUUCCUCCCUCGACGUGGGCAAGUCCUUUACAAUAGCCGCCAUUUUGGGGCUGCAGAGCCAGGGUCGCAAGGACUACAACAAUGCCAUCAAUCUGUCUCUCAAUGGCGCCGCACGCGAUGCCAUUGACCAGGACAACAGCCACAACCACAACAGCAACAACAGCAACAACAACAACAACAACAACAACAACAACAGCCAGAGUGUAAAGAACUUCAAUUGUGAUAGCAGCAGCGGCGGCAGCAGCAUGGCAGUGGGUCGCUACCAGCCCCCGCACCAUCAUCCACCUGGAUUUGCGGCCGCUGCCGCCGUGGCAGCUGCCGUUGGGGCAGCAGCGCCCUCGGCCCUGCAGAGCCUGCAGCAGCUCCACCAGCAGCAUCACGCCCAGCAGCAGGCCACGCUCAGCUUCCAGCGGGAGAAGCUCAAGUCGGACUCCCACAAGAAGAGCUCGCUGAAGAACAAGCGCGUGCGAACGAUUUUCACGCCGGAGCAGCUGGAGUGCCUGGAGGCGGAGUUCGAGCGGCAGCAGUACAUGGUGGGACCGGAGCGGCUGUAUCUCGCCCACACGCUCAAGCUGACGGAGGCGCAGGUGAAGGUGUGGUUCCAGAAUCGUCGCAUCAAGUGGCGCAAACACCACCUGGAGCUCACCCAGCAGCGACUGGCACUGAUCCGGCAGACCCAGCUGCCGGGCACGGUAAUGGGCCCCGGCUCCGUGUCAGUCGGCGGCAAUGCCGGAAACUCUGGGUCCACGGAUCUCACUGCCGGAUGCAGUGCAACCUCGCCCAGUCUGCAGGAGGAUGACAACGAGGACAGCAAGCAGUCGUUGUCGCUGACCAUACCGCCGCUGAGUCGAGCCCAGUCCGAGUCCGAUCUGUCCAUUUGCAACGACUCUCUGGACGGCGACAGCCUCAUGGAUGGCAGCGAGGAGGCCUAAAGUAUGCCUGUGCGCAGCAAUUUUCUGUAAAUAUAGCCAAAUAAAU